AGCUUUCUCCUCUGUUAAACUAAAAUCAAUUUUAAAAAAAUAAAAACAAAUAAAAAAUACAAGUAACUUUCCUGACGACGAACACGAGGCUGACUUCACGUUGGUCACGUGACUGUUCUGUUUCCUAUUCCGUGUCAUUGAACGUGAACUGCGACCGAUGGACUCAAACAGAAACAAACCAGAAUAGAAACCAAUACUGACAGCUGGGUGAGGCGGCUCAGGUAGUGUGUGAUUAAAAUGCAGCCAUCUUCAUGUGACACCUUCGUGGCUCUACCUCCCUCCACUGAGGGUGAACGCAUCAUCUUUGGGAAGAACUCUGACAGGCCUUGUGAUGAAGUCCAGGAGGUUGUGUAUUUUCCUGCCAGGGACUAUGCUGCAGAGGAGAAAGUUGAGUGCACAUACAUAGAGAUAGAGCAGGUUGGCCACACUCACGCAGUCGUGUUGAGCAGACCGGCGUGGCUGUGGGGGGCAGAGAUGGGCGCAAAUGAGCAUCAAGUGUGCAUUGGAAACGAAGCAGUGUGGGGCAGAGAGAGUGCCGACGAUGAGGAGGCUCUUCUCGGCAUGGAUCUCGUCAGGCUCGGUCUCGAGAGAGCUGACACAGCUGAGAAGGCUGUGGAUGUUAUCACUGAGCUGCUGGAGAAAUACGGUCAGGGAGGAUCAUGCAUGGAGGACGAAAGUGGCUUCACCUACCACAACAGCUUCCUCAUCUCCGACAGGAAGGAGGCAUGGCUGCUGGAGACGUCAGGAAAGCACUGGGCAGCAGAGAGGGUGGAAGGUGGAUAUCGCAACAUCUCCAACCAGUACGGCAUAACAACUAAGAUAGACAAGGAACAUCCAAAAAUGAGAGAAUAUGCACAAAGCAAGGGCUGGUGGGACGGAAAGUCAGAGUUUAACUUCGCCACAGUCUACUCCUUUACGACUACGGCCAGAAUAGAAGCCUCUGGGAGCCGGUACUGUGAGGGGAAGAAGCUGUUGGAGAAGAGCAGUGGUCACAUCACUGGUGAGACGAUGAUGGACAUCCUGAGGGAUAAAGAUAGUGGCAUCAACAUGGAGGGCAUGUUUAUGUCCACAGGCAGCAUGGUGUCUGUGAUACCCACCAACCCUGACCUGCCAGGGGUUCACUAUUUUACAGCAACUCCAGACCCUGAGAGGUCUGUCUUCAAACCGUUCGUCUUUGUGGAAAACGCUCGCCCACUAAAAGAGACAUCUUCCCCCAGUUAUGGUCAGGACGACCCUGUGAAGAAAAUACCACGCUUCCAGAGCAAACCUGACCGCAAACACGAGUUGUUUGUCAAACAUGAAGUGGUGGCUGCCAUCAUUGAAUCCUACAAGGACAGAGGACAGAAAAUCACCAAAAGUAUGAGGGAGCUGGAGAAGGUGACGAUGAAACAGAUGGAGGAGAUUCUUUCACAUGGUGUUGAGGAGCCUGAUCAGUUGGCGGAUCUGUUCUCGAGGUCUGUUGAGGAGGAAAUUACUGUUUACAGCAAAAACUGAGAAGCCUGCGACUCAAUGGAACCACAAAACAGGUCGAGUGUGUCAGUAGCAAUAAACUGUCUGUCUCUGCAGUUUACCUUUUAAUCAGGUAGAAGAACUAACAAGCUUGUCUUAAAAACCAGUAUAUCUGAGCACAAUUGAAGACUGGUUUUAUUUUUUAAAUGAGCGGCCAAGGGUGCCUGGGCAGUGAAAUUCAUGAAUCCUGUGAUGGAAAAUAUGGAUUAAAAUGUUGUUAUGCAAUGAACUGUUCACCUGAAAUGCUUUCAGAGCAAAUUCAUUAUGUAAAAUAAAGCAUCAUAAAUAUCCAGCAUGUGAGAGAAACUGCAUGAUGCACAUUGUAUUAGUAGCUUUAUUAAAAAGACAAAUAUUCACAGCCA